AUGAGACCACUUCUACUUUUGUUUUGGAUUUUUCCUCUGGCUCUUGCCACCAUCAAUGACGGAAACAACACCUGCAAGCUACCCAAAGUUGAGGGUCCUAUUCGUGGUGGCCAACGAGGAUACCCAUUCGCAAGCUAUUAUGGAAACAUUGGCGAAAUUGGCUACAUCGAAGAAGAAUUCUUCUUGACUGGGAAUGCGACAGAGUAUGAACCCGUUGGCGAUCUCAGCUUAGACGGCAAAUGGAAUUUGAAGCCUACUAAGAGUAUCUAUUACAAGACCCGAAUUCUUGUCCGCAAACCAAAGCAUCGUUCCCGAUUCAGCGGCGUUGCCCUGUUAGAAUGGAUUAACGUAUCUUUUGGCUAUGAAGUCACUUUCGGUGGAGAUGCUCCUGGUCUCUACGAAAAUAGAUCUGUCUAUGUCCUUGUAUCCGCACAACAUGUUGGGAUAUCUGGGCUCGAUAUCCCGAAUCCCCAAGGCCUUUAUCAAUGGGACUUAGAUCGCUAUGGAUCUUUAACAAUUCCCAAUGAUACUGCCAGCUAUGAUAUAUAUACCCAAGUUGCUAGACUUGUCAAGUCACCCCAAGGCCAAGCAAAGAUACUGGGCGGUUUAUCUCCUGAUAUUGUCGUCGCAGUUGGUGGUUCACAAUCUGGUUCACGCGUCCUCGCAUACACCAAAUGGUAUACAACCUCUUACCAACGUAUUCGACGCCACGAUGCCAUUACUAUCUGCCAGCCAGGCAGCUACAUUUUCUACUGA